UACCCAGGGUUUGAAACUGGGUCUCCUGCAUUGGCAGGCAGGUUCUUUACCACUGAGUCACUCGGGAAGGCCAAAGCAUCACAUAGGAAUACCUAUAUCUUGGCAGCAAAAACAGUACAGAAGAUGAAAAAUAAUACGAAAUUUUAGAGUAUUAUUUUUAAAUAUGUAAGUAAUUCCUUGUGCUUUUGAGUCUACAGAGGCUAAAAUUUAAACAAAAAGCUUGUUGAAAUUAUUGCUAUGUAUUAUGCAUCAGUUCUUUAAAUAAAAAAUUUGAGACUUGCCUAAAAAAAGAAAAUGUACAGUAGACUCUCAGUUGAUUAUCUGCACUAAUGGAAAGGAGGCCAGGGACAGAUAAUUCUCCUAUGACAUAGAAUCAGAGUCAAGGGAGAAUUAUACUUUUGAUGGUCACUUUGGCUGUUUCUCAUUUUGGGCUACUUAAAACAAUGCUGUGAGAAGCAUUCUUGCAUGUAUAUUGUUGUCUGCAAGUGUGAGUAUAGUUACAGGGUAAAGUUCCAGUUGUGAUGUUAUUGUAUCGAAGUUAUUGUGUAUUUUUUUACUUUGAUACUGUGAAAUUGCUUAUUCAGAGAGCAAUUUAUACUCCAUAAUGUAUGAACGUGUCUAUUUUUCCCAUCUUUGUCAGCAUGGAACAUCAAAAUUAAAACUUCUUGACAAUCUGACAGGUGAAAAUGUUGGCUUGAUAUUUUUAUUUACAUUUCUUUAAUUAUGAGCAUUUCUUUAUGUAUUUCUUUUUUGAUAAACUUCCGAUUGUAUCAUUUGCCCCAUUUUAUAUCAAGUUGUUUGUCUUUUAUUGAUUUAUAUGCACUCUUGACAAUUAAGAAAAUCGACCCUGAAGUCUAUAUUUGCUUGAACCAAUGAUGGCUGAAUCACUAAGUGAAGUUUCUGGCAGUGUGGAAGUUCUGGAGACCAGUGAUGAGGGAAAAAAGAAAUCCAAAUUUAAAGUCUUCAGGAGCUUCUUUGGCAAGAAGAAGAAGAAAGAGUCCAAAGAUGCCCAGGGAGGGAUACGGCUCAAACAAAGCUUGUCCAGCAGCAGUAUUGACAUCUCUUCUCUGAAGUCAGUUCAAGAAGGUCAACAAACCAAGGCAGGGGCCAAGAACAGAAUUGGGACCAGAGCCCUGUCUCAUGACAGCAUCUUUGUGUUGAAGCCUGACGCUGAAAGAUCAGAAAGGAAGCUAUACCCCUCUCCAGAGAUCCCAAGAGGCAGACCUUUGCAGAGAUCUCCUGUUUUUAUUACUCCGCCUAGAGCUGAGAUUGGUAGCAUGCAUGAAGCUGUGUUUGGAACUGUGCCAAGAGGUAGAGCCAGAAGUGAAUUGUGUGUUGCAGGCUCCAAGACCACCGAGAUCCCACUACUGCGUCCAUGCCAACGCAGCAUCAGCUCACAUCUCAUUCAAUCUGACACCAUCUCUAAGGAUCUUGAAGAAAUGUCUGUUGAUUAUGAGCCACUUAAGAAGAGUUCAUCAUACAAUAUCUUGACAUGGGAGAAGGUGAGU